CAUCUCUCCUGCCAUACCAGUCUGGACUGGUACUGCAUCUCUACUUCUGUGAAAGAUGGAAGGGUACUGCAUCUUUACUGCCAUGCCAGUCUGGAGUGGGUACUGCAUCUCUACUGCUGCACCAGUCUGGAGUGGGUACUGCAUCUCUACUGCCAUGCCAGUCUGGAGUGGGUACUGCAUCUUUACUGCCAUACCAGUCUGGAGUGGGUACUGCAUCUCUACUGCUUCACCAGUCUGGAGUGGGUACUGCAUCUUUACUGCCAUACCAGUCUGGAAUGGGUACUGCAUCUUUACUGCCAUACCAGUCUGGAAUGGGUACUGCAUCUGUACUGCCAUACCAGUCUGGAGUGGUACUGCAUCUCUACUGCCAUACCAGUCUGGAGGGGUACUGCAUCUCUACUGCCAUACCAGUUUGGAGUUUGUACUGCAUCUGUACUGCCAUACCAGUCUGGAGUGGUACUGCAUCUCCACUUCUGUGAAAGAUGGAGGAGUACUGCAUCUCUACUGCCAUAUCAGUCUGGAGGGGUACUACAUCUGCAGCUCCUGUGAUUUUCGUCUGAUUCUAGUGGUCAGAGUCUCUGUGGUGUGUGUUGCUCCUGGUCUCCCCACUGCAUUCUCAUCCUCAUCUCUUCGCUGCUGAUGUACUGCUGCUGUUUUACACCUUCUGGUGUGCUUUCCUUCCCUGUCUGGAUAGCUGGAGACGUGCUGCUUGAUCUGAAUACAUAAUGACUGCUCAGUGAUGUGUUCUCUGUUUGCGACCGGUCGAGAUUAUAGCCUUUUAAAUGUAGCUGUGUGGAAAUUACAGCUAUCCCUUUUGCAUUUGUGAACACGGUCUGUAGUGUCAGGCAGACACUGAGUGUACCGAUUAUGUAAAAUAUUCCACAGAAAAUGUUUUGGCGUUUUGGCCUACCACAUGCAAUUCUUGUUUAUUGACCUUGUUCAUCUUAAAGUGUUGCUGACAGACCGUCCCCCCCAACUUCUCAUGCAGAUACGGUUCUCUCUUCUUGCUCUUGCAGAAUCCAUUUAACCCGUCUGGGCCCUGUCCUUUGUCUGCUCCAGCACGAGACGGCUGCCAUCUGCCGCCAGUGAAUCGCAAGCAGAUUCUGUAAUUCCCUGACUCAAUGGCAUCCGCACACUCAGUAUUGGGAGAAUCGUGCCUUCUGGUUUGCUAUGCAAAGUUUUAGUCGCCUCCUAGCAGCUGCGGUGUAGUUUACUCAGUACCAGCGCAUCAGUGGAACGCGGGGCUCUAUAAGCUGCGCGGAUCACUAACCGCAAAGCGAACGGAAACUCUGAACGCUGUGCAUUUCUGCUGGACUCGUGACGUCACUGCCCUGCGAUGCCAAGUCGCCUUGCCGAGGGCUGUGCGCUUCUGCUCGCUGUCCCACUCCCGCAGAAGUAGGGUGCGUUUCUUCCCCUUUUCUUCAAACUGCCCCGCAAGAGUCUUUCCCUUUCACCAGCCUGUCCCGCACGAAGGAGGCUACACAUGUAAUAUUCCGGAAAGUUGUUUUUUUAAUUUUAUGGGGCAAAGUGUGGGCUUUUCUGGAAAAUGUUACGUAGAGCGAUUUUGUUAAAGAGUGUAAAAGACGAUGAUAAUGCGGAUUCGGGAGCGGAGACAGCCGGAUCUGACUGCAGCAAAAUGUCUUCACUGGGCAGUGACCUGCUGGCAGCCCCGCCCAUAGAGCCGCUGAUGACUGUGCACCUGUUGGCCAAUCCGGGGGACUCUCUCCUGCUGCAGCACACGCUGGACCGGCUGCUCCAGUGGCUGUGGCCGGGCCUGCGCCUCUUCCACGUUUCAGAGCGGGCGUGUGCGCUGCGGGACCCCUCCCACUCGCACCCGCGCCCGGGGGCGGGCUAUCCCUCGCUGGCGGUGACGCUCUUCCUGCACGAGUCGUACGGGGAGGAGCGCAUCCUGCAGGCGCUGGACUUCCUGCAGCGCCCCCCCUGGCAGUACCACCACACAGAGGGCGGGGGGGCCCGGCUGCGGCCGUACCUGCUGCCCAGCUGCGAGCUGCACAGCCUGGGCGCGGGCAUGCCGCUGUGGGCGGUGCGGCCUGUGCACUGCGGACCCGAGGCUCUGCGCGUCACGCUGCACACCGCGCACCGUAACUACGACGACGCCGUGCGGCUGUACCAGCUGGUGCUGCGGCGGCGGGCGGAGACGCAGCGGGCGGGGCUGUGCUGGUUCACGCUGCGCGCACGGUCCGGCCUGCGUCUACAGCUGGCACUGAAGCAGCUGGCGCCCGGCGUCGCCGUGCAGCCCUGCCAGUCCGCCGUGCUGCAGUUCCGCGCCGGCGAGAUCGGCCAGCUCGUCCCGCUGCUACCCCACCCCUGCACCCCCAUCAGCGCCACCCGCUGGCAGACGGAGGACCUCGACGCCAACAAGAUACUCUUCCAGGUAAAAGAACAGCCCCAGCCAAGGUUUCCCACUUCUGCCUUCUCUCUGAACUCAGCCCCCCCCUCCAGAGGUACUCACACAUGUGGGGGCUCCUGCCUGACACAGUGUGGGCCCCCUUGCCAUCGUAGGCCCCGGACUCUGGACCCAGACGUGGGAGGCCUAGGCUCCUGGGAGGGGUACCCUGCAGAGUUGAAGAUUUGGGGAGCGCCCAGGGAGGACAGUGUGGGGUCAGAUAGCUGUUGCAGUACCCCCCCCAGCAGCUCCUGCUACUCCUCCCAGUGCAGCAGCCCCGCCCCCUCCCUCUUCCCUCAUUCUCUGCCAGAUCCAACCCUCUCCUGUGCCCCGCCUCUUCCCCUGCCAGACCCCGCCCUCUUCUGUGCCCCGCCCCCUCCCCUGCUGGACCCCACCCUGUCCAGUGUGCUGGGGGAGGAGCCGGAGAUGGACGUGGACACUGGAUUCGCUGUGGAGUCCCAGCAGGAGAGGCCUGUCACAGUGGGCGCCUCUUCCCUGGAGACAGUUGCUAAGGACCUGUGCCAGUGGUUGCCAGACACAGCCAGGGGAGACGUGACAGGGGUAGAUGGGACUGUGACGUCAUCACCCUGUGGUAGCAACAUGCAUCCCAGGACAGGCGGGGCUCUGAGCCAGAAUCGGGGCGGAGCCCAGCAGAGGCAGGCCGGGGGGGAUCAGCCCCCCUCACACGAGCCGGAUGAGUUCUUCAUCUGAGCCCUACUGAACACGCCUUACUGAACACCUGCACCUCUCCCCUACUGAACAAGCCUUUCUGAACACCUGCACCUCUCCCCUACUGAACAAGCCUUUCUGAACACCUGCACCUCUCCCCUACUGAACACGCCUUACUGAACACCUGCACCUCGCCCUACUGAACACGCCUUACUGAACACCUGCACCUCUCCCCUACUGAACACGCCUUACUGAACACCUGCACCUCUCCCCUACUGAACACGCCUUACUGAACACCUGCACCUCGCCCCUACUGAACAAGCCUUUCUGAACACCUGCACCUCUCCCCUACUGAACAAGCCUUUCUGAACACCUACACCUCUCCCCUACUGAACAUGCCUUACUGAACACCUGCACCUCGCCCUACUGAACACACCUUUCUGAACACCUGCACCUCGCCCUACUGAACACGCCUUACUGAACACCUGCAGCUCGCCCCUACUGAACAAGCCUUUCUGAACACCCGCAGCUCUCCCUACUGAAUACACCUUACUGAACACCUACACCUCGCCCCUACUGAAUACACCUUACUGAACACCUACACCUCGCCCCUACUGAACACACCUUACUGAACACCUGCACCUCUCCCCUACUGAACACGCCUUACUGAACACCUGCACCUCGCCCUACUGAACAAGCCUUUCUGAACACCUGCACCUCUCCCCUACUGAACACACCUUACUGAACAUCCAUACCUGGCCCCUACUGAACACACUUUACUGAACACCCACACCUCGCCCCUACUGAACAAGCCUUUCUGAACACCCGCAGCUCUCCCUAACGAAUACACCUUACUGAACACCUACACCUCGCCCCUACUGAACACACCUUACUGAACACCCACACCUCGCCCCUACUGAACACACCUUACUGAACACCCACACCUGUCCUUACU